UGCUAACACUUUCAAACACUUCUUGGAAAAUUGUUUGGAAUAUAACUCGCUGAAAAUUUUGAUGAAUUGGGUAACGCUGAACAGACCUCUCUGCGCGGAACGUCCUGCCGCACUGGGUGCACAGAGAUCCGGUUUCACUGCGACAGACCCCUGUUUGAAACGGAAUCGCUGCAGUUCCCCAGAUCGGUGGUGGUUUUGUGGAGGAGAAAGAGCUUUUAAUGCGUAUAUUUAGUGUGAGUUAUGAAAUGAGAAAGAGAAGCUAUGUAAACCAGAAAACAU